AUUUUUCGCCACACCAGCAAAUAUCGUCCACGAGAAAACCAACAUUGUGAGGUCAGAGUUACAGCGUCGACGGUGGCUCACAUGUUAAAACGUAAACCAAGAACGAGUUAUACUACAUUUCCCAUCGUGCACUGCUGUUUUCCACGUACGCGCUGACGUUGUGUUCCACCCCCUGUCUGGAAACCCCGUAGUCUUGCGCCCUGUUACCGUUGGCCGGGUUGGUAGGAGAAGCUGCAGAGACCGGAGAGGGGCGACGGAGAUAUGAACAACCAAGGCGGGGACGAGAUUGGAAAGCUCUUUGUUGGUGGCCUUGACUGGAGCACGACGCAGGAAACCCUGCGCAGCUAUUUUUCUCAGUAUGGAGAAGUCGUAGACUGUGUAAUAAUGAAAGACAAAACAACAAAUCAGUCAAGAGGCUUUGGCUUUGUCAAAUUUAAGGAUCCCAAUUGUGUAGGAACCGUCCUAGCCAGCAGACCGCACACAUUGGAUGGCAGGAAUAUUGAUCCAAAGCCAUGUACCCCUCGAGGAAUGCAGCCUGAGAGAACCCGGCCACGAGAAGGCUGGCAGCAAAAAGGACCCAGAACUGAAAACAGUAGGUCCAACAAAAUUUUUGUGGGAGGAAUUCCACACAACUGUGGGGAAACUGAACUGAGGGAAUAUUUUAAAAGAUUUGGAGUGGUAACUGAAGUGGUUAUGAUUUAUGAUGCUGAAAAACAGAGGCCAAGAGGUUUUGGAUUUAUAACUUUCGAGGACGAACAAUCAGUGGACCAGGCUGUCAACAUGCAUUUUCACGACAUCAUGGGCAAAAAAGUUGAAGUCAAACGGGCAGAACCACGUGAUAGCAAAAGCCAAACUCCAGGACCUCCUGGAUCAAACCAGUGGGGAGGUAGAGCAAUGCAAAGCACAGCUAAUGGAUGGACAGGACAGCCUCCUCCAACGUGGCAGCAGAGCUACAGUCCACAAGGUAUGUGGAUGCCAACAGGACAGACCAUUGUCUUCUCCACAGGCGGGUACGGUCCACCUGCAGGCCGGGGGGGUCCUCCACCACCACCUUCCUUUGCACCAUUCCUAGUGUCAACAACCCCUGGAGCUUUCCCACCACCACAGGGCUUUCCUCCUGGAUAUGCCACACCACCUCCAUUCGGCUAUGGCUAUGGGCCACCCCCUCCCCCUCCUGAUCAGUUCGUCUCUUCAGGAGUUCCACCACCUCCUGGAACUCCAGGGGCAGCACCGUUAGCGUUCCCUCCACCUCCCCCAGGGCAGUCAGCUCAAGAUCUGAGCAAACCCCCCAGUGGUCAGCAGGAUUUUCCUUUUAGCCAGUUUGGAAAUGCCUGCUUUGUGAAAUUGUCCGAGUGGAUUUGACCUCUCUAAGAAGUCCAUCAAAGGUUAUGGACAAGACAUGAGUGGGUAUGGGCAAAGUUUCCCUGACCUCAACCAGCAACCCCCUUAUACGUCAGGACCCUCCACACCAGCAUCGGGAGGCCCACCCGCCGGGGGAAGUGGUUUGGGCAGAGGGCAGAAUCACAAUGUGCAAGGAUUCCAUCCCUACAGGCGCUAAUAUCAGGCAGGCAGAAUUGUGCACAGUGACGAUGAGCUGACACUUCCACCUCUGAACUUGUGACAAUCACGUGGUGAAGACCAUUCCUGCUAUAGACUUGUGGAAGUUCUAAGUUUGAAGGAGAAGCUGUGGGUAUUUGGACUACAGUUUUCAGAUCUUUUUCUGACCCAUCAGCACAAAUAAAGCCAAUGAGUCACUGGUUCCAAACAGGGUUUGAAAACAUCUGCAGCUUUAAUGGAACUCUUCAGGUUUAAUUUGGGUUUUUUUUUUUUUGUUCUUUUUAUUUUGGUUUUUUUUUUUUUUUUUUCUCUUUUGGGAGGGAAAUUUUCUGAGCCUUUGUUUUACCAUAUAGUAAACUUUUAUGUUUAAAGAUGAAAAUAUAUACAUUUACAGAUUGUGAAUUUUUAAACAAAAAAAUGAAUUUUCUACUAUGUAUUCAGGUUUAUUUUUUAAUUUAAUGGCAGGGUUUCCGGUGACACUGGAGUUCAGAUUUUAACUCCUUGCUUCUAAAAAAAAAAAAAAAGCUUUAUUUUUUUUAAUAUUAUUUUGGAGGGAAUGGGGAGAUGGGUUGUUGGGUGCAAUUGGUCAGCAUCUCGGUGUUCCUCACAGACUUCCUACUGAGUAAUUCUUGAUUUUGUUACUUGAGAUAAGUGUGGCUGGAAAUGCCACCUGCUCCGAGGUUACCAAUGGAAAGACUUUGUGCCCCAAGCCUGUGACAUCAUAUCUGCAAAAUCUGGGGUUGCAGAGCCAUUUCUAGAUGUAAUUUCCUCAGGAUAAAGGUGUACAGUGCAUUUUGCACAAAAAAGUGUAUACCUCUUGUUUGAAUAAAGGAAAAUAAUCCUUUUGGAUGAAUAA